CAUGACUAAGCAAAUGUUUGAUUUGAAACCAGCCCAGUAUAAAUGUCUCUGUGCCUCUAACUCUCUCUGGCUAUUCCUGGAUUUCAGUACUGGGGAAACCAAUCUAUACUCCAAAAAUGUCUAAAACUGGAACCAAGAUUACUUUCUAUGAAGACAAAAAUUUUCAAGGCCGCCAGUAUGACUCUGAUUGCGACUGUGCAGAUUUCCACGUGUACCUGAGUCGCUGCAACUCCAUUAGAGUAGAAGGAGGCACCUGGGCUGUGUAUGAAAGGCCCAACUUUGCUGGGUACAUGUACAUCUUACCUCGGGGUGAGUACCCUGAACACCAGCAUUGGAUGGGCCUCAACGACCGCCUCAGCUCCUGCAGGGCUGUUCGCCUGUCUAGUGGAGGCCAGUAUAAGAUUCAGAUCUUUGAGAAAGGGGAUUUUAAUGGUCAGAUGUAUGAAACCUCUGAAGAUUGCCCUUCCAUCAUGGAGCAAUUUCACAUGCGAGAGGUCCACUCCUGCAAGGUGCUGGAGGGUGCCUGGAUUUUCUACGAGCUACCCAACUACCGUGGCAGGCAGUACCUCCUGGACAAAAAGGAGUACCAGAAGCCCAUCGAUUGGGGUGCAGCUUCCCCAGCUGUCCAGUCUUUCCGCCGCAUUGUGGAGUAAUGACAUGGAUGGGGCCAAAUGCUGGCUGGCCUUGUCAUCUAAAUAGGCAUCAUAAAUAAAACAAUUGGCAUGCAUUCCGCUGUUGACUGUAACGCCUCUCCUUAAACGCUUAGGGACCAGCAGAGGAGCGCCCACCAUAGUGGGCAGUUACACAAAGCAGCUCAUCCUUCAGUUUACCUGUCUGUAUCUUUGUGCCAAACGAAAUGGGACUGCAUUAAAAGGUUAGAAAAUCACAGUGCUGUGUAGUGGUUCUUGUUACUUAAGUUCUGUAUUAAUUCAACAAGUACAAUAAAAAUAGCUGCCAUGA